AUGAAGUUAUCCAAAAGACUCGUUAUAUGGUGGUUUGCACUCUCAGUUGUUGCCGCUAUGAACAUGGACCACAGUAUGAUGACAGAUGAUGAAAGUGAAGCCGAUGUUGAGAUCAGUACCUCAAUCGGAAGCAAUUUGUCAACCAUUGAACCAGUAGCUCAUGAAAUGAAACAUCAACAUGGGUUGCCCAUCUUAGAAACCAAAUUAACCCCAGCCGAAAGAGCCUACUGGGAAGCUUACAAUACUACAACUUAUUUCACCAUUGAUUCACCAAAAAAAUCGGCACUUUGGGUUCAUUGCUUUACUCUUUUUGCUACAUUCUUUGUUCUCUACCCAGUCUCAUUGGUUUUGAAUAAUGUCAAUUCAAAAUGGUAUUUGCCAACUUUACUGAUAAACCUCAUCAAUAUUGUCAUUUCAUUGAUUUGUUUAAAAGUGUUUGGUGCUUCGGUACCUGAUAUAUACCCAAAAAAUGCUUAUGCUAAAAUGUCAUGGAUCUUAUUAUUUGCAUUGAUUACUCAUUUUUGUUUAGCUGUUCUUUAUAGUGCCUCCAAAUGGGCUGCUGGUAUUGAUCUGGAUGGUGAUGAGGCUUAUAACCAACCGUUUAUUCCAUUAGAUGAUUUAGGAAAUGAUUCUAGACAUGAUCCUAGCAACGGAACUAACGUUGAUUUAGAAAGAAUGGCAUCGGGUGGUUCAAACUCACCAUCAACUCUGAUUGAUUCCCAUUCUGACAGAGAAAACAAGUACAAGGACUCAAUUGAAAAUCAAAAUGGAACUCAAAAUCUACCUUUUUAUGAUAAAGAUUCUUUAGACCUUGGUAAUGAAGAUGUUGAGUUCAAUACAAAUCCACCACCUCUCAGAUCACACUCUUCUUUUCUUGCAAGAGAUCAUUUUUUAAAUAAAAUUUUUCAAUCUCCAGUUGUUCAGAAUUUGUCGGGUAAAUUUCAUGUCUUUAUUAGCAUUUUAUUCAAAUGUUUCAACUAUCCUAUGCUAGGUUAUUUAUUCGUUUAUGUUAUAACUGGUAUAGCGGUCGGUAAUUUAUUCGGCAAGGCUAACAGAGUUUUUAACUUAUUGGCACAUUUCAUCAAAGGUGGUGUAUUUGUUACUUUAGGUAUCUUUUCAUUAGCUCGUUAUUGUGGUGCCCUAUCAAAAUCCGGUUUAGCAUGGAAUAAGGCUGUCAUCUUUAAAAAUCAAGUCAAUACUAGAUCAAUUUGGUAUAAAUUGACUCCUCAUGGCAUGAUCACUAUGGAAGGUUAUGAAAGUUUCUUAAUUUUCUUUUACGGUACCACAAAUGUGUUUUUGGAACAUUUGGCUUCUCCAGGUGGUGCAUGGGUUGCAAAAGAUUUACAACAUGUUUCAAUUGCAUUCAUGUAUAUCGGUAGUGGUCUUUGUGGUUUAAUCACUGAGCAUAUUCUAUCAGAAUGGAGGUUCAACCAAGUUUUAGUAAACACAAACAUUAACCCAACUGCUAUUCAUGCUGGUUCUCCAGGUUAUUCUCCAAACCCUUUCCCAGUUUUCACCAUCUUUUGGACAGGUAUUUUGAUGUCACAACAUGAACAAGCCUCUGAAGUUUCCACUAUGAUCCAUAUGCAAUGGGGUUACUUGUUAUCAUUUGGUUCAUUCUUUAGAUUAUUGACAUUUGUUCUUUUGAUGUUAGUCCCAAAUAAGAAUCUGAAUCCAGCAAGACCAUUCACUGAGUUGAUCACUUCUUUUGCUUUAAUCUGUGGUGGUGUCAUCUUUAUGCAAAGUACUGAUCAAGUUGUUGAGGCCUUGGAGUACAGAGGAUUGACAAGCAUGUUUAUCUUGAAUGUUAAUGUUGGUAUUGUUGCCUUAGUUAUGGGUUGGGAGAUGUCAUUGAUGAUCUGGAAACAUUGGUUACAAAACAAAAGACAAAUUUAA